UCCAACGCUCCAAAACGAAGUCCAUCGGGAACUAGCCGUUACAUUAUCUGGCGUAAAAUCUUCCCACAUCUCUUCUACUCCGCGCGAUCUCAUGAAACCUAACCCUAAUAAUCAGUCAUCAACAGCAUAAUCACAUAUUUUGUAUAAUCUGUUCGUUCAUCUUCCUCUAUCUGCAAUUAUUUUGGAUAAGAUAUUGUGCUGAAUUGGAUGAUGGAUCCGAACAGCAAGUCCAUAGAAGCUAAAACCCACAACAUGAAGAAGAGUUCAGAGAAUUCGGAUCCUAAUAUCGGCACUGAAGGUCUGAAGUUCUCAAAAUCUCCUUCGAUCUCAAAAUCUGCUGCUAAGAUUAAAAAAUCGGCAUCUAAAGACCACCGCCUUAACCCCACUCCUGUGAUUUCGCCUUCACCGCAGAAGAAGAUUCGGCAGCGGAGGUUUGUGGUGGUCAAGAGGAAUACGAAGAGAGAUAACUCAAAGCCUUUGACCUCAUCGUCAUUUGAGUGUAAGUGCAACAGAGGCGGUGGGCAGAAGUGCUUGUGUCUUGCUUAUGAAAGUCUCAGGGCUUCUCAGGAGGUAUUUUUUAACAAUGGCAGUGGAAUUGAUUGUGAUGAAAGCUUCCGUGAGGAUUUGAAGAUGCUCCAUGAAGCUGAGGUUAGGAGGGAUGAGGGUAAAGAGAAGGACGAAAAUUUGAAGAUACUCCGUGAAGAUAAAGAUGACGAAAAUUUGAGGAUACUCUGUGAAGCUGAGAUUAGGAGAGAUGAAGGUAAAGAGAGUGAACAAAAUCACGAAAUUAGAGACCUAGGAGAUUCUGAAGGCUGUGGUGGGAUCUCAGUUAAAACGGACUGUUCUUCUCCUAUGACUUACAUGAAUAAACUUCAGUCGAUUGAGCACGAGGUGUUUGCUGAAAUGGGUGCGUCAACUAUCAAGAGAACGAGGGACAGGUUGCUGGAAGAGGCUAGAGAAAAUGUACCUGAACCAGGUUCGGGAAGAGUGAAGCACUUGGUGAAGGCGUUCGAGAAGCUUCUUUCAAUUCGGAAGUCAAAGGAUUCAGAAGAGGCUGAAGAAGAUGAGACGAACAAGGGAUUGAAAUGGGCACUGCCAGGUUUACCCCCUCCGAUUCCUCAUGAGGCACAUGCCUCUUCAUCUUCAUUCUGUCCAUCUGAGUAUUUCCUCACUUCCGAGAGCUUAGGCUUAGCACCACGCCUGGCUUCUUCAUUUAGCAGCCAAGGAAGCAUUUCGAGCAGGAUUUCAGCUGGUGCAAGAAUGAUCAGAAGAAAAAGUGCCGAAUCCUCGAGGACUCAUGCUAGAAGGCAGUGCAAGAGAGGGAAACUUAAAGCACCAACCUCCCAGAAACCCUUUAAACUCAGAACUGAGGAAAGGGGGAAGUAUAAAGAAGAAGAGUUUUUCAAAAAAGUAAAAGAAAUUAUGGAAGAAGAAGAAAAGCUGCGCAUACCAGUUGCACAAGGUCUUCCAUGGACGACGGAUGAGCCAGAGCGUUUGAUAAAGCCCCAGGUCAAAGAAAACACAAGGCCUAUAGAUUUGGUGUUGCAUAGUGAUAUCAGGGCUGUUGAGCGGGCUGAAUUCGACUAUCAGGUGUCAGAGAAAUGGAACCUUAUUGAGCAAUACAGAAUGGAAAGAGAUAGACUAAGGAAGUUGGCUGAGGAAGAAGAAAUAAGAAGACUGAGAAAGGAGCUUGUUCCAAAGGCUCAACCCAUGCCCUACUUUGACAGGCCUUUUAUUCCUAGAAGGUCUGAAAAGCCCCCCACAGUACCAAAAGAGCCAAAAUUCCACAUUCAACACAAGAAGAUGAAAAGUUGUAUGUCUUGGAAUUACGACGAUAUGUUUGUGCAUCAUGAGUGAAAGGGGAUGGAUGGCUGUUCAAAAACCCGCAGUUCAGCCUAUUGGUCAUGUUAUCAAUAUUCAUUUGUGUAUAUGAAACAAUAAGUUCCUGAUUGUGCAGAACUUGGUCAAAAUUUUGGAAAAAAGCCCUCACUUUAGCACAAACGAGUGUGUGUUCCCUUCUACAAUGAAGAGUUUGUGCUUUUUUCAUGAUUGGCCUCCAAAAAGGGAGGCUAUGAAAUCUACGGGGCGGAUUUAGUACUUUAGUGAUUGUCAUCAUUCUCUAUAAUGAAUACAUUACCAAAUUGAAACAGGCCUCCACAAAGAAAGGUUAUAGUUAUCUAAUUGAAUUACUGAUACUCA